AUGCCUUUAGUCGAAGGAUAUUCUUCAAGUUCUGAAUCUGAACAUGAAGAUAAAAAUAUAAUAACAUCUGAAGUUCAUGAAGCUUGCUCUAAUAAAUUAGAUAGCAAACUUCCUAAGAAAACAACAAAGAGAACUACAAGGCACUCAACUACUAAACUGAGAAAGCUUAAAAAGAAGAGAAAUGGCUCAGGCCCAUGGGCAUCCUGGUCUGAUGAAAAUGAUAGUAAUUCAGAUUCUAAUCUGGAUUUAAAGGAUGACAAUGAGUUAGAAUUAAUGGAUAAUGAAGAAUUUACUUCUAAAAUUGUAGAAACAUCGAAUUUUUAUGGCCAAUCAACAAAGGAUUAUCAAGGUAGAAGCUUUUUAUACCCUCCAAUUGAUACAGAUAUUGAUUUCCAAAAGCCUAAAUUAUCUUUCAAAUGCUUUAUCCCCAAGACUAUAAAAUAUAAAUUUAAAGGUCAUGAAAAUGGUACCACAGCUUUAAGUUUUUUUCCAAAAUCUGGUCAUAUGUUUCUAUCUGGUGGUAAUGACAACACUUUAAGAUUGUGGGAUGUGUACCACGAAAGAAAAUGCCUAAGAGAUUAUUUAGGACAUACUAGAGCAUUAAAAAGUUUCAGCUUUAAUGAUGACGGCUCAAAAUUUUUAAGUUCAUCAUAUGAUCAAACAGUGAAAAUGUGGGAUACAGAAACGGGUAAAAUCAUUACUAAGUUAAAACUUCAUUCCAUUCCAAAUGAUUUAACAUUUAGGCCACUGAAUCCAGAUGAAUAUAUUGUUGGAUUAUCUAAUUCAACCAUUAAACAUUUUGAUAAUAGAGUAAGUUCUAAACAAGGAUUGGUCCAAACAUAUGACCAUCAUUUGAGUAGUAUUUUGAAACUGCAAUAUUUCCCUGACGGCUCAAAAUUUAUAUCUUCUUCAGAGGACAAGACUGUAAAGAUAUGGGAAAAUCAAAUUAAUGUACCCAUUAAACAUAUUAGUGAUACAAGCCAAUACUCCAUGCCCUUUAUUAAUAUUCAUCCAGAGAAUAAUUAUUUCUGUACACAAAGUAUGGAUAAUGCCAUUUAUACCUUUAAUAUGAAACCAAAAUAUAGACGCCAUCCCAAAAAGAUAUUCAAAGGUCAUAGUUCUGCUGGUUAUGCUAUUGGAUUAACUUUUUCUCCAGAUGGAAAAUAUAUAUGCUCUGGAGAUAUUCAUAGCAACGUAUUUAUUUGGGAUUGGAAAACAAAUAAACUUUUGAAAAAAAUUACCAUACCUGGCAAUAAACCAAUAACGCAAAUAUCAUGGCAUCCUCAAGAAACUAGCAAAGUGCUAUGUAGUGGUAAUAAGGGUACAAUAUAUAUGCUAGAUUAA